UGCAGCUAUCGGCAAACUUGCCGAGGCAGAAAGUGAAGCACGUGAUGCGGAAGCUCUGCUGGAGAAGAAUCGCGAUGACUUUGAUAAGCAGUAUGCAGAGAACGAAGCCGCCUUGGCCGAGAGUGAGCAGAAAUUACACAUGUUGGAAGCUGCAUUACCAACGUUGAAUGCAGAAGUCUGUGGAGCUGCAUCUGCUCCCUGUGAUGCUCUUUGUGGCGGUCCCGGGUCAUGUGGUUUUUGUGGUGGUCAAUCGUGUUUGGAGGGAGCAGUUAGUAAAGCAGAUCAAGCAAGGAGUUUCUCUCUUGAAGCUGAUCUGAAACUCAACGAAAAGCAAAAAGAGGCAGAAGAGGCUGUUAACUCUUGUUUAGAAGACGUGCUCCAUUCAACAGCAGCCGCUAAGAAGGACGCCUUAGCCGCAUUAGAAGUCGCACGAAAUGCCGCUCAGAAAACGAAUUCGUCACGUGCUGAAUUAGAUCAAAUUGUUGAUCAAAUGAAUACCUUCUUGAAAAGCUCAAGGAGUUCACCUGAGCAGAUUAGAGCUUUAGCAGAAGAAGUGCUCGCGAAGAAAAUCAGUCUCACUCCUGAGCAGAUAGCUGAUUUAACUGCAAAGAUUCGCGACUCUCUCACGAAAAUCAAUAAUAUUGGAGCAAUACUUGCCGAGACACGGGGAAAUAAGACGUUAGCAGCUAAUCUUGAAGCUAAAAAUACCACUGAUACUGUCAGAGAAGCGAUUCAAGUCGCUGAGGAAGCACAGCUUGCUGCAACCGAAGCAAUCCGAUCUGCUGAGGAAGUGAUGAAGAUGGCAAGAGAACAUCUUGAUGCUGCCAAAACGGAGGCUGAUGCCACCGAAUCUCGUGCUAAGGAGGUCAACUCCAGUCUUUCCUCACUUGAAGGUGAAAUGAAGAAGGUCAAGGUGCAGUACUUGCAAAUAGCCGAUGACGCCAAGAAUGCCUUCCAUUUGGUUGACAAAGCUUUGCAAGCGGCGAAGACUGCUGAGCAAGGAAAUAAGCAAAUGACGACAGAUAUCGAGGAAGCUAAGCGACUUUUAUCGGAAAGGACGCAGGGCAAUGAAGCUCCUCAGAAACGAGCCGAAGCUCUGCGACAAAGGGCUUCGAAGCUUCUCUAUAAGGCGCAGCGAAGUAGUGAUGAUAUCAGCGGUGAGUAG